AUGUCCACCCCCAACGAUCUGCAAGCCCUCCUGGCCAGCAUUCGGCCGAGGCCAUCGCCACCUAAUGCUCCUGGCCAGGAGCAUAUCCAUCAGCAACGGUCCCAGCAGCCAUACCCACCAGGCAUGUUCCCGCCUCAUCCGCAGCAUCCACCGCACCCGCCGCCGCCCUAUGAUGGUCCGAGCUAUCCCCAUCCCCAUCCCCAGGUGCACGGUUAUCACCACCCUCAGGUUGCGUCGGCGAUGCAUAGUCCUUCUCCCUUGAACACGCCGCCUCACCAUGGCUCCGAUAUCAUUAGCCCCAACGUGCCCUCUCCUUACCCCGAGUGGGCUCAGCAGCCACCGCCGCCGCAGCACCAGCACCAGCAGCAGCAGCAGCAGCAGCCGCAGCCAAACAACCCUGACCGUGCGGCCAACCUGCUCAACCUGUUGAGAUUUAGCCAAGGGUCUGGCGCUGUUCCUCAGCCUGCUGCCCCUGCUCCUGCUCCAGAACAAGCUCGCUACCCGCCGGCCCAGGAGGUGACUUCUCCCCACGGACGAAAUAUUUCCGCGUCGGAUUUCGUCGCCUCGAUGUUUGGCAGGCCUGAUGCGGCUGCUGCCCCGGCCGCUCCUAUCGCCGCUCCCCUCGUCACCCAGCUGGAUGACGAGUCCGAGGCUCCAGAGGAACCGCGUGGACACUAUGUCAACAUGUUGAUGGACAUGCUCGGUGCCGGCCCUAAGGCCCCAGCGACUGAGGAGACUCAGUCGGUUUCGCCCCAGGCUCAGGCUGUCACUACCGAGCCCCUGAUUCAGGAAACUGCCGAUUCAACUGUGGAAUUUGAGGAGUCUAGUCCUGAGCAAGCUGCGCAGCCGGAGACGGUCGCAGCCUCAGCCUCUAACAAUUCCAUCUUCACUUAUAGCAACCCAUUUGACCAGCUUGCUGCUAUCUCCCCUCGCAACAAGUCUCCACAGCCCCCAUCGGGUGGUGAGACCCCAGCUGCCGAGGUCGUGGAGAAGACCACUGUUCACGUCACCGCAAACUUGGGUGCUGGGGAAGCUUCUGAGCCGGCGCAGCAGCCCAAGAAGAAGCGGAACCAGGAGCCUGUUCUGGAACCUGAGCAGCGUCAAGCAGUCAAUGAUGUUGUUGGUCGCCUCGUGGACGAAAUUGGUCGUUCUCUUAGCGCAAGCGAGGCCCAACCUUCAUCCGAGCCAGAAACUGUCUCUUCCCCUACAGAGGAGGAGACAACUCAGGAAGUUCUUUCCUCGAUCGCCAGUAACCUGCGGGAAACCGCACCUGAAGCGAAAGAGGCUGCCGAUUCGGAUGACUCGAUCAAGGAGGCUGCUGCUGUUGCUACUGCUGCUGCUGCCACAGCAACGGUUCUUCUCAAUGGCAAUGGAAACAUCGACGCUCUUGCUGAUAGCUGGGAGAGCGCCGAGGAUAGUGCCGAGAAGGAGGAAGAGCGCAUUGUUUCUGUCCACAACUUCCCCCUGAAGCCCUUCAUCUCCAUCAAUGUCAAGCCGCAAUCUGGAAAGUUUGCGGUCUUCCGCGACGACGGUAUUAUGGAUAUCGCUCGUCUCAAGAAGGACUUUGAUCAGCUGGAUCGCUCCCUGACGGCUGCUACUUCCGAGUACAUUGUAUAUGCUCUCGCGAAGACUGGCGGUAUUAGGAUUAUUCGCCAGGAUGAUGGAAGUGACCGUCAGGUCUUCCGUUCUACCCGGGACCGUGUGUUUAACGUUACCUUGUGUACGUCUCCCCCGACGACCGGAUCUUCCGAUGUACAGGCUAUUCUUGGCAUCGGUGUCAGCGGUACCGUCUAUUGGGCGUUGAUCUCGCGCCAUGCCAAGGACCUGUUUGAGUUGGAUGCCUUGGAGAGCGAGAGCCUGAUCUUCCCUCCAUUCCCGGCCUCUGACGAGAAUACCUCCGGCGGCCAGCUGAAAACGCGGGCCAAGCGGAGCACUCGUCACCCGGACUUGUUCGCCAUCGGACGCGGCAAGAACAUCUACGUCGUUUCUCCCCAGGCUGCAAUGAACGCCAGCUACAGCGUGACUGGAUCUCAGCGCACCGUCAACACCGAGAAGUUCUUCAAAGAGCGUGCCCUGAAGAUUUCUACCGGUAAGGCCGGUAAGGACUUUGCCUUCAGUGAAGAUGACACUGUGAUCGCCUCCCUGGACAAGACAGGCCGUCUUCGCUUCUGGGAUAUCCGUGAUUUCCUGGCAAGCGCUAGCGUUGUCGAGGGUCCUGCUCCGAAUGAGAUUCGGGUGCCUUUGAACACAUUUGUGACAGGCUCUCCCGCCGAGAAAUCCUGGCCUACCUCGGUGCUUUUCCUUGACAAGCUUCGCGCCUACUCGCGCUCCAUGGCGCUGCGCUAUGUCCUGGUUGGACUCAAGCAGAACCACACCUUGCAGCUCUGGGAUAUUGGGCUUGGCAAGGCUGUGGAGGAAUUGAAGUUCCCUCAUGAGAACGAGUCGGAUGCCAUCUGUAGCGUCGCCUACCAUCCCUCUUCGGGAAUUAUUGUUGUUGGACACCCUACUCGCAACUCGAUCUACUUUGUUCACUUGUCUGCGCCGAGAUACAACCUGUCGCCGAUGUCACAGGCGACAUACAUCAAGGCUAUCGCCGAGAAGGACAGCACUUUGCCCAAGCCCGACUCAACUGCAUGCCUGAGUGGAAUUCGGGAGAUCUCUCUCGGUUCCAAGGGCCAGUUGAGAAGCUUGGAGCUCCUUCCGGUCACGAAGAGUGCCACCGAUAAGCGAGGACAUGAGGAGACUGGUCUGUUCGAGCUGUAUGUUAUGCACUCGCGAGGAGUAACCUGCCUGAACAUCAAGAAGGAGGACCUGGGAUGGACCUCUGACAAUAAGGUGAUUCGUCCAGUAGACGGUCUCGAGGAAGGUACUAUUGAAAUUACCGAACUCCAGUCGUUCCCAAGCUACGUCACUGAUGAUCCUUCGGUCAACGGUGACGCUGCUUCUAUUCCUUCUAGAACCUCCAAGGAGCCCACCAAGAAGACUGACCUCGUUGACUCCGCUGCUGGUGUGAUUGCGUCCCGUAAUGCGUCGCCCACCAAGACUCAGAAGAAGGAGCAGGCUGAGAAUGUGCCUGUCCCUGUGUCUGCGCCUGCACCUAACGGAGCCGAGAAGGCCGAGAAGGUAGACAAGAAAAAGAAGAAGAAGAGUGUUUCUGCCUCUUCCGCCAUUUCUGAGGCAACCGUCAAAGCGAAGGAGCCAACUGCGACUGUCGGUGUUGAGCACCUUCCCACUGACAACUCUCACUCUUCUGGAAUCACUUCUACUUCAUCGAUGGCUCCUUUCUCUCUGGAUAAGCAUCUCGAGAAUCUUCAGAGCACCGUUUCCCAACAGUUCAACCAGAGCUUGGGUCGUGAAAUGGAGGGAGUGAUGAGUCGCUUCGAUGAGGAGCGCCGCAGCUGGGAUGCUGCUUCCUCCGCGAAACAGGAUCAAGUCCUUCGCCUCGUUUCCAGCACUCUGUCGGACAAUGUUGAGAAAAACCUGGCCCGCAUUGUUUCUGAGAGCAUCAAGAACGAUGUCCUUCCUGCUGUCACCGAUGCCACUUCUGCCGCCGUUGGGAAGCAACUGAACACCGUCGUCUCUCAGCAACUCGGUAGCUCUCUGAGCCAUGAGCUCCGCCACACCCUUCCCAAGGUCGUCACCAGUGCUUUGCAACAUCCUCAUGUCAUGAAGGCCGUCUCGGACUCCGUCGGGCAGCAACUGGGUCCUCUCAUUGGAUCUGAGAUUAACAAGGCUCUGCAGAGCUCUCUUCUCCCUGUGAUCGAGGAUAUGGCACGCGGUACCAAGAAGCUGGAGAGCGACAUGGAACGCCACUUCCAAUCCCAGAUCAAGCACUUGGAAGCGCAGCGCCGGAACGAUCAGGUGAAGAUGGAUGAGAUGUCGGCCAUGCUCCGAAGCCUUUCGAGCACCGUCAAUACCCUUGUUGCCAACCAGGGCCAGGCCCAGGUUCGCCAGAAUGAGCACCCCACACCCCUCAGCCAACUGGCCCGGCUCCCCCCUGUCGCCCAUGUUGCGGCACCUCCGGUUCCUACUCAGCCUCCUGUUCAGGCCCAGGCCAAGGCCCCUACUCCUGCUCCUGCUGUUCCCACCCCGGAACAAGCCGAGCUGGCAGAGAUCACCCGGAUGUUCGGUGCGAACAAAGUGGAAGAGGCAUCGAUCAAGUGGAUUCAAUCCAGCCAACAGGCCGAUCUUUUCGAUAACUUCUUCAUUCGCGUCAACCCUCAAUUCCUAACCAGCCUCUCUGCCAUUGUCAUGCUCUCGAUUGGUGUGGCAGUUACAUCCUCUCUUUCAACCAACGUUGGUCCCCGUCUGGGAUGGCUUAAUGUGGUGCUCACCAAUGUGAACCCCAUGGACAACGACCUGCGUGAAAUUACUCCCAACAUCAUGAAUAUUCUCGGGCAGCGCUUGAACAACCUAUACAUGGCAGUCGCAGAGCGUAACCCGCAGGACCCGAUUCUACGCAUGAUCGCUCCUCUGUCCCGUCGUACCCGCGAACUGCACAGUAUCUAA